AUGUCUAAGCGUACUUUGUCCCCUUCUAUCUCCUCUCGUCAAACUCAGGCCUCUACUGCGGCCAUUCUUCCCAACGUCGACCCCGAACUCCUUAUGCGUCAUACGAAAAGGAUGAGGAUCUCCUCUCAAGCUCCAGCCCCUUCUCAACCUCCAUUGGUUGAUGCUUCUCGUAGGGCUCUGGACACCAUUAAGGAUCGAUAUCAAUCCGGUCCUUCUCGUACUCAACAAUCACCUUCUCUCGAUGACGCGAUUAUCGAGCAAUUCCUCGACCUCGACGGUGGGGCAGGGCCAUCUGCCACCGACGGGCUUGACGAUGUUCCCCCCGAACUCGAAAUCAUUUUUCGCGCUCCUCGCAAGGUUUCCGCUAAUGAAGAACUUGCCAAGGCUCUGGACGCUCGAAAAGACUCGGAAAUCGGUGAGGUCUCUAUCGAAUUCUCCACUCUCUGGGCCAAAAUGUCCUUUUCCUCCGUUCGUAUCGCUUUGAAGAACGAAGCCCUGGAUCGUUUUCGCGAGACUGGCUCCCUCAAUCUUACUGCGAAAUGGUUUAGGAAUGCUCUCAAUCGUUUGGCCCAAGGUUGGCGACUCCGCAACAAGAAUGGUGCUGCCGCCCGUCUCGAGGGUGAGCUCUGCUCCGAUUGCCAGCGUCGCCUCGAUGGUGGAGAAGAUUUUCGUGUCGGUUGUAUCGGCCCUCGGAACUUCAAAGUGUUCGGUCAAAAACAACAAUCCCGAGGCCAAAUUUCGCGAGGUAUCUAUCUUCUUCCUUCGAACUUGAUCGAUGUUGAUGUCAAGGGUGUCACCGUUGGAGCUCAGACUGUCACCUCCAAGGUUACUUUCGUCCUGGAGCACGAACCCUGUGCUGUCUCGGCCCGUUAUCGAUCCCUUUCCUCCCAGGAUCAAUCCUCUUCUCUCACCCAACUCUCCGCUUACAUCCACCUCUUUUCCUCUCUCCUUCUUCCUCUUCCCCCAGUACAUCUGGGUCUCUACAAAUCUCUUCAUCUCAUUCCUUCCGACUACACCCCUCCCUCUCCUUCUGAAACCUUGGAUCAUCUCACCUCUGCUGCUGAUCCAACCGGAUUGACUUCUUCUCAACCAGUCGCCGGUCCCUCCUCUUCUCCCCAUACUCCUCUCCCCCGCAAUGUCAUUCGUAUUCCCGCCUCGGUCCGUCGUCCCCGAGCCAAUUCUACCGCCUCCAACUUCUAG